AUGGUCAAAUCGUACAACCGUUAUGACGAAGAGAAAUGCUUCGGAGUCAUUACAUCACACUCGAAUAUUGUCUGGCUUCCGCCCAGUGACUCCCAAUCGUCUACAUCUGUUGGAAGAGCAUUAACCUCAGGAUUGGAAGAGAUCCUUAUUUGGGACAUCAAGACUGGUGAAUUGCUACAACGAUUAAAUGAUGGGUUUACACCAGGUGCUUCAAACGCCAGUACAAUUACCGCACCUAGUCCAGUAUCACAUUUGGCGUACCAUCGAGAUACAAAUUUGAUUGCAGCUGGAUACACCGAUGGUAAGAUCAAGAUUUGGGAUGUCAGUUCUCAAUCUGUGCUAAUGACAUUCGAAGGCCACAAGUCGAGUAUAUCUUUGUUGAAGUUUGAUAUUAGUGGAACUAGAUUAGUCAGUGGUUCAAAUGACACUAGCAUCAUCAUGUGGGAUCUUGUAGGAGAGCUGGGAUUGUUCAAAUUGAAAGGUCAUAAGGGCCCCAUCACAGGAUUGGAAUUUUUGUCGGUGUCAAAGCAAGAUGUGGAUAUUGACAGUAUAGAUGAUUAUUUACUCACAAGUUCAAAAGACGGGUUAAUCAAAUUAUGGGAAUUAAAAAGUCAACAAUGUAUCGAGACACAUUUGGCACAUAGUACUGAGUGUUGGUCAAUGGGAGUGAACAACGAUACUAAUAUGGUCGUCACCACAGGAAACAAGGAUCAAGUUAAAGUUUGGGGAAUUGAUCUCACUCGUGAAGAUGGAGAAAAGAUUUAUGAAAGGGGUAUGUUUGAAAAGGCAAGCAAAGCAAGAGGUAACGAGUUGCGCUUCAAGACAAUAAAGCAUGAAGGUACCAAGAUAGAGCUAUUCUUGGUGCAGAAUGCUGACAGAACCCUUGAAAUAUUUCGUGUGAGAUCUGAGGACGAGAUGAAGAAAGGAAUUACAAAGAGGAUGAAGAGGUUGAAAGAGAAAGGCUUAGAUGAUGAUGAGAUCUUAGAGUCAAUCCAAAGUUCUGAAAUUAGCAUGCUUAUAACAUCGUUCACAACUGUUAGGUCGCAUUCAAAGAUCAGCUCGUGUUGUUGGACGAGCAACCGAAAGAAGUUACAUAUUUUGACAGCAUUGAGCAACAAUAGCAUCGAAUACACCAGCAUUCAAACACCCGAGAGCCUAAGAAAGGCUCAAACAACUGAUAUUCAUGCCGUAAGGGAACACACGAUAGAUAGAUUGGGUCAUAGAUACGAUAUUCGUGCUAUGGAUAUUUCCCCUGAAGACGAUAAGCUAUUAGCUACGACAUCGAAUGGUGAGUUAAAAAUUUGGAAUACCAGAUCCUACAAUGUCAUCCGCUCGUUCACUUUGGAAAGUGGCUAUGCCCUUUGCUGUAAGUUUUUACCAGGUGGUUCUUUGGUUGUUGUUGGGUUCAAGAAUGGGAACUUGGAGUUAUACGACUUAACUACGUCGUCAUUAGUAGAUCGUGUUGAAAAAGCUCAUCAAGUGGCGGAUGCAACUGGUGAUGAUAACAGUGCAGCAAUCUGGUCCUUAGAUCUAACAUCGGACGGGAAAACGUUGGUGACUGGAGGAAACGACAAAUGUGUUAAGUUUUGGAACUUUAAAGUUGAACAGGAUGUUGUUCCUGGAACCAACACUGUCAUUUCACAACUUAAAUUUGUCCAUACACAAACUUUGGACUUGAAUGAAGAUGUGUUGUGUGUUAGGGUUUCACCUGAUGACAAGUAUCUUGCUGUUUCGUUGUUGAACAAUAAUGUACAAGUGGUGUUUUUAGAUUCAUUGAAAUUGUUUUUAACAUUAUAUGGACACAAAUUGCCUGUUUUGUCAAUUGAUAUAUCUUCUGAUUCCAAGCUCAUCAUCACAUCGUCGGCGGAUAAGAAUAUCAAAAUUUGGGGGUUGGACUUUGGUGAUUGCCACAAAUCAAUCUUUGCUCAUCAGGAUUCGGUUAUGAAUGUCAAAUUCAUUGGAGAAUCCCACAAUUUCUUUUCUAGUGGUAAAGAUGGGCUUAUAAAGUAUUGGGAUGGUGACAAGUUUGAAUGUGUACAGAAAUUACCAGCACAUCAAAGUGAAGUAUGGUGUAUGGCAAUUAGCAAAAAUGGAUUAUUUAUGUGCUCGACUUCUCAUGAUCAUUCGAUUAGGUUAUGGUCUGCUACUAGUGAUCAAGUGUUUUUGGAAGAGGAAAGAGAGAAGGAAAUGGAGGAACUAUAUGAAAAUAAGUUGUUAGAUCAAUUAGAUAGUGAUGAACCUGUACGGAAAGAUGGUGACGAUGAAGACGAGGAUGGUAGUGGCGAAGUUGAAAAAGUUGGUAAACAGACCAUGGAGACAUUGAAAGCCGGUGAAAAGUUGAUGGAGGCUUUGGACAUUGGUAUUGCGGACUUGGAAGCUACUAGAGAAUACGAAUUGGAAUUGAAAACGAAUAAAAAUGCGAUCAGACCUACUCCGAAUGCAAUUCUACUUGCUUUUAGCAUGACAGGUCCCGAGUAUGUUCUUGAUACUUUAGUCAAGAUCAAACCUUCACAGCUUGACGACGCCUUGAUCGUUUUACCAUUCUCAUACUGUUUGAAGUUGUUGCAAGUGAUGGAAGUUUGGACCAAUAAGGAAAACAUCACCAAGAACGUAACCAAAUUGUCAUUAAUCUGCAAGGUCUUAUUUGAAAUUGUCUCCUCAAACUCCAAAGAAUUGAUUCAUCAAAAAGAUCCACAUAUAAAGAAUCAAUUGAUUGCGGUUAAACAGCAAUUGCGCGAUAGCUUAUCAAAGACGUGUACUACACUAGGAAUCAAUACUCAAGGGUUGAGAUUUAUCAAGCAACAAUGGAAGUUGACCCAUUCACAAGAGUUUAUUGAUGAGGAAGAACAAAAGGAUUACGAGGAUAAACGUGCAACCAAGAGAGUAUAUAAAACGAUAUAG